CACUUCAUGGCGUCCUCUUUCUCAUUAAUACACUUUCAUAAACAUAUACAAGUUCUCCUUUAAAAACGAAGUGAUGCUUAAGCCAAAACUUAUUUCACAGGUCCUUCAACAGGCAACUACGGGAGGCGUUAAAGCAACAAUAUUGCUCAACCCAGAAGGAUCGCUAUUGGCAUUUUCAGCUCAAUCGGAUCGAGACGCACGCAUCUAUGGAGCGAUUGCUUCCAACAUCUGGACUAUUUACUCAAAACACUGCAAGGAAGAAGUUGGCUCGUUAUCGUUUCUGAUACUUGAAUGCGAGGAAGGGAAGGUCGCCAUUAACAUCGUAAGCACGAUGAUUUUGUGUUUAGUGGCGCGGGACGAUGUUGAACUUGGGAUUCUCAAAGCCAAAUCAGAAGCUCUGACGCGGCACCUGGAGGAACCUCUUAGUAAAGUUGCAGGAUACUAAAACGACAAAAAAAAAAAAAAAACCUACGACCAAUCCUACAUGUUUCCACUAUCAGUAAGCUACUUUUACUUGCAUUGGACUGAAAACAACAAUAAAACUAUAUGUAUGAUAUGUAUGUCUGAUAUAUCACCGUGCAAAUAGUAGUGGCGAAGUUCUCUUGUUUGCACACCAGUCAUGUCAGUAGACAUUUUAAAAAAAAAUUGACAGUCUUUCUGGGUUGUUUGGUCGUACAGGGGCCCUACGCUUUCCAUGUUCCCCCGUCAAAAAUAAAGGGCAUUUGGUAUGUUACAAGAUAGUAAAUGAAUUUCUUAUAAAAGGUAUACAGAUGUUAAUUAAGGGAUAUAGUUUGAAGUGUGGUCGAUAUGGCACUAUCAU